GUCAUUUUCUAUAAGACUUAGACUCUCCUAUUCUUUCCUUGGAUCAUAACUGCAGCAACUCUCGAGAGUGAAGAGCAGCCAAGAACGAUGAAGUAUUUGUUUGAGUUAUUUGUUGUUGUCCUGUUGAUACAUGUCGAACACAGUACGAGCACGGAACAGAACAGUCCUGAUCUUGUUCAACCAGAAAAAGGGCUCAUUUUUGACAACUUUCCCGGCAAUAUACUUCUGCUACCAAAUAAUGUGAGCGUCGAUGAAAGAACAACAAUGGUUGCUAGCAAGAUGGAUUGUGUGUUCGCGUGUGUCGGAGUGCCUUGGUGUCGUUCAGUCAACUUCAAGAUCACACCACAGGAAAACCAGCUUCACGCCUGUCAACUUCUGUCAUUUGACAAACACACUCAACAGAACUACUUCAAACCAAACGAAACAUUUACUCAUCUGAGCAUUAAGGACCCGUGUGAAGACAAUCUUUGCGUUAACAAUAGUAAAUGUGUACGUAACGACAAGAACAGACAAGAAUAUCACUGUCAGUGUAAUAAAGGAUUUACUGGAGAAAUGUGCCAGCACGACAUCAACGAGUGUCUUGGAUCGCCUGGUUGUCAUAGUAAUGCACUGUGCAUUAACACACCCGGUUCUUACAAGUGUAUAUGCAACAGUACGUAUAUUGGUGAUGGUCGAACAUGUGUAGCCAUCACUGUUUCUGUCACCAAAAAUUGUAGCGGUCCUAGUCACCAGUCUACUAUUCCUCACAGCGGUGAAAUAAUGUCACCAGGUUACCCAGGAACUUACAGUCAUUACCUUAAUUGUUACUGGAGUAUCACAUCCAACACCAAAGUAGGCCUGUAUUUUAAAACUUUUGUGACUGAAUCAGGUUACGAUUUUGUCACAAUCUAUGAUGGCAGUUCAUCGUCCUUGCCAGUACUUGGUACACUUAGUGGAAGUGUGAAGCCUUUGAACUAUUUCACCAGUUCUACGAAUUCUCUGUACAUGACCUUCGUUACAGAUAGCUCAAACCUAUAUACAGGAUUUGCUAUCAAGUANGAGGCACUUGUCCAAGGGUCUCUUCGUCUUAAUGUUACAUCAAGUAGGAUAGGAAGAGUAGAAGUAUUCUACGAUAAUCGAUGGGGGACGGUAUGCGAUGACGGAUGGGACAUCAAUGAUGCUAACGUGGUUUGCAAACAGCUUGGUUUCCCAGGAGCAAAGACUGCUUCUUCAAGUGCAACCCACGGACAAGGUUCUGGUCCGAUAUGGGUCGACGAUCUUGCUUGUACCGGCUCAGAAUCGAAUAUCCAGAAAUGUCAGAGCAGACCUUGGGGUUCUCACGAUUGCAGCCACAGUGAAGACGCGUCCGUUGAGUGCAAUAAACGAGUYAGGCUAGUCAAUGGUAGUGCCUCUAACAGAGGUCGUGUCGAGGUCUACCACUGGGGACAGUGGGGUACAGUCUGUGAUGAUGCCUGGGAUAUGAACGAUGCGAAUGUGGUAUGUCGUGAGCUGGGGUACUCUAACGCCUCCUCUGCUGCCACUCAAGCAACGUAUGGUCAGGGAACAGGGCCGAUAUGG